CAGCUUUAGGCUUGCUGACUAUUCAACAAAGCAAUUUAAUGGUCUUUUGUUACCUUGGAUGUGGCGACGAAGCUUCCUGGUGGAAAUGACUCCACGAGUGGACCACGAGCAGGGAACGAUGCACCUUAUCUGAAACAUGGAGAAGAAAAUAAUGGUCCAUUCAUGAUCUGUAUAGCCAUUAAUGCCUAUAAAUGAGGGUGCGUCGGAGUAGGAAGAGGCUUGUGCCGAGAACGAGCUCUUCUCCUUGCUCACCACCCAUGGCUGCUACUGCUCCGACGUCUCGGCUGCUGCUCCUGGUCUCUUGCAUUGUCUUCCUCUCCUCCACUUCGGAAGCCUUUGAUUACCCUCCUCUGGUGAAGGGCCUCUCCUUCGACUUCUACAAGACCACCUGCCCCAGCUUGGAGUCCGUAGUCAGGAACUACCUAAAGCAAGAAUUCAAGAAGAACAUCGGCCUCGCUGCUGCCCUCCUCCGAGUUCAUUUCCAUGACUGCUUCGUUCAGGGCUGCGACGGAUCGAUAUUGUUGGACGGGUCGGCAGGUGGGCCGGGCGAGAAGGACGCGCCGCCCAACUUGACGCUCCGGCCGGCAGCCUUCAAAGCUAUCAACGACCUCCAGGUUCUCGUUACCCAAGCUUGUGGGCAGACCGUCUCCUGCGCUGACAUCGCCGCUCUCGCCGCCCGCGACUCUGUUCACCUGUCGGGUGGCCCUGGCUACAAGGUUCCAUUCGGCCGGCGGGAUGGCUUGACUUUUGCAACACGGGAUGAGGUGCUCAAUUCCCUCCCCCCCCCCACAUCCAACGUGACCCAGCUCCUCGCCGCCCUCGGCAAGCUCAACCUCGACGCCAACGACCUCGUCACCCUCUCCGGCGGCCACACCAUCGGCAUUGGCCACUGCACCUCCUUCGAGAACCGACUCUUCCCAUCCCAGGACCCCACCUUGAACAAGACCUUCGCCAAGGACCUCUACCUGACCUGCCCGGUCAAGAACACCACUAACACCACCGUGCUCGACAUCCGGUCACCCGACACCUUCGACAACAAGUACUACGUGGAUCUCAUGAACAGACAGGGGCUGUUCACCUCCGACCAGGAUCUGCACACCAACACGACGACGAAGUCCAUCGUCAUCAACUUUGCUGUUAACCAGACCUUGUUCUUCGAGAAGUUCGUCUACUCCAUGACCAAGAUGGGUCAGCUCAGCGUGUUGACGGGCAACAAAGGCGAGAUCCGGACUAAUUGCUCUGCGAUCAACAAAAGUAGCAAGUCCUUGUGGUCUGUGGUUGAUGACGAGGGUAAGAGCGAUGCCUUCUAAUUGCACACUAACUGCUCUUCGGUAAUAAAAUGGUGGGUUUGGCCAGCGAUGCUCAAUAUACGUACACCUUUGGUUCCUCUCUGGUUGUCGCUUCCAGUCCAAUGGUUCAGGUCUUGUAUGCAUUUGGUACAACUAGUGAAGCUUUAUGAUGCUGAA